AUGAGUAGUCUCGCCGACUUCCCCUCCAGAGAUCCCGUCUUUUCUGGUCCGUCCCAUGCGCCGGGCAACACACGCAAACUCCCUGUCCUGAAUUCCUCCGUGCCUGCGACGUCCUCUCCGUUGAUGCGUGACCCCAUGGACUCCACUCCUUCAGCUUCUGCCGCCGCGACUUCGGCCGCUCCGCCUCCCGUUCACUCCUCCUCCGACCCUGAUCGACCGGGCGCAACCACCACCACCUCCGCCAAUGGCUCUGCCGACCUCGCGACCAUGAACAACCAUGCGCCGUCCAAUCAGGCCAUCGGGGCCGCCGCUGCUGCACAGCAGCCCAAAGUCGUGCAGACGGCUUUUAUCCAUAAACUUUACAAUAUGCUAGAAGAUCACACAAUCCAACAUUUGAUCUCGUGGUCCAACACGAACGACAGCUUCGUCAUGUCUCCCACCUCCGAAUUCUCCAAAGUCCUCGCCCAAUACUUCAAACACACCAAUAUCUCCUCCUUUGUCAGGCAGUUGAACAUGUACGGUUUCCACAAAGUGAGCGACGUGUUUCAUACUGGGUCCCCGGACUCUGCAUUGUGGGAAUUCAAGCAUGGGAAUGGCAACUUCAAGCGCGGCGACCUCAUCGGUUUACGCGAAAUCAAACGACGCGCAUCCCGCCAUGCUCUGAUCCAUCGCGACUCGUUCCCGGGCCAUAAGGCGGCCGCGUCGCAGCCUGGUACGCCCGCCGAACCGGUCCCCGAUGCCACCGAGGUGCGGUUGAUGAACCUCGAGCAUUCCCUCUACGACAUGCACAAUCGCCUCAAUCGCUCCGAGGAGGGGAACGUGACCUUGAACAACAGAUGUCAAGCCAUGGCAGAGAGCUUGACCAGGUGCUAUCACUGGACCCAUUCGAUUUCGCGAUUUCUUCAGGGCAUAAUCCCCGAUCGAGAGAGCCUUCUUUAUCGGGAUGUAUCUACCAUGCAAGCGGAAUUGGAAAAGCAUCUUGAUGCCGUACGAGCCCUCGAAAAUAUCCCCGACCCCUAUUUGUCCGUUCGACCGCCCUUCAUCGCCAACGUGACCGAACCCGGUCCUCCGCUCUCCCCCCGCCAGAUGCCCCAAGAGGAGUCUCGGAGACCGUCGAUGAUGAUGGACGGAGUGCGACCCAGCGUGUUUCGAGCCCCGGUUCCGCCGCACCUCGCCGUGUCUCCUCGUCGUUAUGGCUCCAUUGGCGCGCCGAACGCGUCACCCAACUACAGUCGACCGCAGGUGCCCCCGCCCCCUCCGCAACAACCUAUCCCCCAUCCCUUGUCAUCGGUACCAGCCGCGAGCGGCCCCAACCUCACCCGCCGACAUACCUCGGCCGAUAUCCGUCAACACGGCUGGCCGCCACCGGGGAUAUCCCCGUUCCCCACCGCUCACCACCACGGACCUCCCACCGCUCCGUGGCCCCCGUCGCCGCACCGCACGCCCACAUCGAGUGAGCAGCAAGUUCGUGACGUGCUGGCUCAGUACGAGAUGGGGGCGCCCCGCCGGUUCCAGGAGUCCCGCCAUGCCACCCCCCCGCUGAACCCCGACCAACCCGCGCCCCCUCCUCACAUGGAGAACGGGUGGCCGUUAGGGCCGCGGUUUCCCCGACAUGAUUCAUCUCUGCCGGCAACUCGACGGUCGAGCAUGGCUAGCAACGUCCACUCCCUCCUAAAUCCAGCCGAUACCGCCGAACGGCCGGAUGAAGACCAACAUGCAAUGGACGACCGGAAACGAAAGCGACUAGAAUAG